UUGACUCUAUAGUGAGAUGAGCAGGUGAGUGACACCUGAGCUGUGUUAAUAAUCGACACAGUGACGUCACUCAGUGUGUAUGAAUAGCGUGAAGAGAAGCAGAGCUGUCCACUCACACAGGUACUGAACACUGACACAACAGCAACCGUCUCUACCACGCUUACUCUACUGUAUGAAAGCCAUGAAAGCAGCACUUCUUAUUGUGUGUCAUUUGAUGUAUCAGGUAGUUUCCAUUAACACAUCAAGAUCUACUGUAUGCAUUUCACACAUGGAUGCCUGUGUUUCCCCUCACUUCUGUAAAAAUGAACAAGACUUCUUCAGUCAAAUCUGUGAUUUAAAAGAUGGAAGUUGCCAGUUGACUGAUCCAAAGAUCUGUAACGGCACUCUUCAGAUGAUAAUGACCCGCUCACCUGCUUUGGGAGACUGCCUAUGUUAUACUUCAGAUCCAUGCAGCACACUACAACAGCUGUAUUCUCAAUGCCAGCAACAUUUGGCUCAAGAAAAGAAAGAACUUGAGGCAAAAUGGCAAGCCAGUGCCCAAAUAGGACAUGUACACCACAUAGGCAAAUCAUGUCUGGAGGAGACAAUGGCAUGUCUUGAGGAGGAGGUCUGUAAUAGGAACAUGGUGCCAUUUAUCCAGGCCUGCAGUCCUCACAAGUGCAGACCCCGUCGAUGCAGGCAGGCUAUGGGUCAGUUCUACUCAGCUCUUCCUCACAAUAUAGCGGAGAAUCUGGUGUUCUGUGAAUGUGAUACAGAAGAUCAAGAAUGUCAACUGAUGAAGACCUCUCUGCACUCCAGCUCCUGUGAGACUGACCACACCCAAACACACUUGACCUGCCUGGAGAUGCUGGAUAACUGCUCUGAAGAUAAGCGGUGCAGGCAAACAUUUACCAGGUACCUGUCCAAAUGUUUCGGUGCAGAGGAGGUUCCAUAUGAUGACCAUACCACCAGCAAUUGGCUACAGCUACUAGAUCCUGACUUUUUUCUGGGCGAACAGCACCAAUGCAGGGUGGCAUUUGUGGCUACAAUGGGUUCAGUACUACACGAGCCAUGUGUUUGUGAUGGAGUACCACAUCAUGACCUGCAUAGGUGUAAUGAACUGCAACACAUUUUCCAAAACAAGUCCCUUUUCAAGCUUUCAAGGACCAAAGACAAACUACCAGAUGAAACAAGUGUUCAAUAUGAACUGACCAAUGAUUCCAGUGUUCAACACCAGCCGACCAAUGACUCAAGUGCUGGGUGGCAACCGACCAAUGAAUCGAGUGCUGUGCAGUUAAGUGAUCAGCUGCUGUACUUAUUGAUAUACAUCUCUGUGUUGACGGUGGUUGUAUUGCUCGCAGUCAGCCUUGUUUUGCACAGACUAAGGAGGUUACACCAAGCUGCUGCAAAACAACAAAGUUUUGAGGCCCAUCAGUCAAAAUCUUUGAUGUUGGUGUCUGAUGAUAUUUGAGUGUUUUUAUAAAAUGCUUUAUUUUGAUGUUAUUUUGACAUUUUGCACAUUCUAGAUAAAGUGUUCACAGUAAUGUAUAAAUAUAUGAUCUUUAAUGUAGAAUUGCUAAUGUCUGUGAAGCUGCAAUGGUUUUAUUGCAAAUUAUUUGAGCCAUGUGCCCAUCUCUGCCAUCUCUCAUCUUCCGUGUGCACCAAUGUUGAUCAGUGCAAAAGCACUGAAUUGCAAGUAAUCUUUCUAUAUCCAUCUUUGUAUAAAAUGUGUUAAGCUUUGUGUAGUUUGGUAUUGCAUAAAAACACUUAAUAUUGUUUGUCUGAGCUUGAUUCAGGUCAGAUGUGUUGCAUUAUGAAUAAAGUGCUAAUGUGUAACAUUCAGCGCAAUUGAUGUUGUCUUAAUUAAGAUGAAUAAAUGUCAAAAGUUUAGUAGCUAACAUAAGGAAAGCCUACAGGAUGAAAUACUAUUUUCUCGUUUAACCCAUCUGAUUUUCAUCAGGAUGCAUCACUUUGUCUUGUCUUCAUUCUUACACCCCUUACAUCCAAACACCACAAUCCAGAUGUUUGAAAGACUUAUAAUGUGUUUGGUGAACCCCAGUGUCAGGCCUCACAUUAAAUCACCAUUAGAGGCUUUAACACAGACAUUAAUGAGACGUUUCACUUAAGCUGAUCUUCUUUCACACAGAUGGUCAACCUUUUGUCACACAGGGAUCGUAAUGUGUUUCAUACUGUAAUUAUUCUGUU